GGGCCGCGCCCCCGCCCCGCGCGCCGCAUCCCCCCGCACGUGCUGGUCAACUGGGCCGUGCAGAUCGCGCGCGGGAUGCUCUACCUGCACGAGGAGGCCGCCGUGCCCAUCCUGCACCGGGACCUCAAGUCCAGCAACGUUCUGCUCCUGGAGAAGAUCGAGCACGACGACAUGUGCAACAAGACGCUGAAGAUCACGGACUUCGGGCUGGCGCGGGAGUGGCACCGCACCACGGAGAUGAGCGCGGCGGGCACCUACGCCUGGAUGGCCCCCGAGGUCAUCAAGUCGUCCCUGUUCUCCAAGGGGAGCGACGUCUGGAGCUACGGUGUGCUGCUGUGGGAGCUGCUCACGGGCGAGGUGCCUUACCGGGGCAUCGACGGCCUGGCUGUGGCCUACGGGGUGGCGGUCAACAAGCUCACCCUGCCCAUCCCGUCCACCUGCCCCGAGCCCUUCGCCAGGCUCAUGAGAGAGUGCUGGCAGCCAGACCCGCACAUCCGCCCGUCCUUCGCCCUCAUCCUCCAGCAGCUGGCGGCCAUCGAGGGGGCGGUCCUGGCGGAGAUGCCCCCGGAGUCUUUCCACUCCAUGCAGGACGACUGGAAGCUGGAGAUCCAGCAGAUGUUCGACGAGCUGAGGACAAAGGAGAAGGAGCUGCGGUCCCGGGAGGAGGAGCUGAGCCGGGCGGCCCUGCAGCAGAAGUCGCAGGAGGAGCUGCUGAAGCGGCGGGAGCAGCAGCUGGCCGAGCGGGAGAUCGACGUGCUGGAGCGCGAGCUCAACAUCCUCAUCUUCCAGCUCAACCAGGAGAAGCCCAAGGUCAAGCGCAGGAAGGGCACCUUCCGGAGGAGCCGCCUCAAGGUCAAGGAUGGGCACCGCAUCAGCCUGCCCUCAGACUUCCAGCACAAAAUCACCGUGCAGGCCUCCCCCAACCUGGACAAGCGGAGGAGUCUGAACAGCAGCGGGUCCAGCCCUCCCAGCAGCCCCACGGUGAUCCCGAGGCUCCGGGCCAUUCAGCUGACCUCGGACGAGAGCACAAGGACGUGGGGCAGGAACACGGGCUGCCGGCCGGAGGAGUUCGAAGACGUGAGGAGGAAUUUCAAGAGGAGAGGCUGCACCUGGGGACCCAGCUCCGUCCCAAUGAAAGACAGAGCCGACUGCAAAGAGAGAAUAAGACCUCUCUCGGAUGGAAACAGCCCUUGGUCAACUCUCUUCAUAAAACAUCACAAAACCACGCCACUGGCCUCGUUGUUUGUGGACCAACCAGGUGCCUGCGAGGAGCCCAGACCCUCUGCCGACGGCGGCUCGGAGCCCCGAAAACCACCCCACACCAAGCCCUCAGGGCCCGCCCCGGCCGACCCGCCUCCGGGGAAAGACGGGCCGAGAGAGAGCCUGCCGGAGACCGAGGCCCGGGAGGAGGCCGCCCCCGCUGCUGCCGCCGCCGCGGGCACCCCUCCGGGGCCCGCCACCCCCACCCCGAGCAGGCCGGCCCCCCGGAGGAGGACGGAGGGCGCCCUGCUCGGCUGCGCCGCGCUGCUGGCCGCCGUGGCCCUGGGCCUGGACCUCCGGGAGCUGCCCCGGCCGCUGGCCCCCGAUGACCCGGGGCCCCGGGAGGAGAGGAGGCGACGCAGGGACGUCCUGCCGCGGGCAUCCUGGCCCCGUGGGGGCCCCGACCGCCCCCGGGCACCGGCCCGGCUGCCCGCCCCCAGCGCCCUGGGCCUCCUCGCCCAGCCGUCCCUCUCCACCAGGUGCCUGCUGCAGGCCGAGGGCGGGGAGGCCCCCGAGGGCACCGUGCCCGCCCCGGUCGGGCCCGCUCCGGACGCCGUCUGUCCUGCCGCCUCGCCGCCCGGACCCGGGGCUGGGCGCCGGGCGUGGGACUCGAAGAGAGGGGCAGCGGGGCACCGGCGAGCCGUGUCCGACGGGAGCGCCGCGCUGGCCCCAGCGGCUGCCACGGGAGCGCCGGCCCUGCCCCCCGAGCAGGCGUGGGGACCUCCCCACCCGUCCUGGCCUCCCAGGAACCUGCCCCCCGAGGCCCUGCCUGGGAAACAAAGCACCUUCACCUCUGUGCCUCCUCCCUCCGCCCCCUCGGACGCCCCCCAGGCCUUGCCGGCGAGGACAGAGCCGCUGCCAUCGGCCCCCGGCUGUCCCCUCGGAGCCCCGGACAGAACGAGGCCGCUCGGACCCUCCCUGCUGGACGCGGACGUGCAGGGCCAGAGCCGGGACUGCACGCCGCCCCUGUGCCGCUGAGGAGGGGGGGGAAGCAGCCGUCCCUCCGUCCACCAGCUGGAGAAGGAGUUCCUGUCCUAGUGCCUUACGCGGCUCCAACAUGUCCCCCUUU